AUUGAGCGGAGACGCUAGCAACGUUGUUAGCUGUCCCAAAGCCCAAGGGGCUUGAGAUCCUCGGUCCCGCACCUCGGGCGCCACGGCGUCCUCCUUUUCUGGUCCAGUCCGCGCCUUUCCCGCGACCCGCUUAGGGUCGCGCGUGUGUGGCCGCCAGCCCCGUGCCGAGGACAGGCCGGGUGACCGGGAAGAAAGCACGUGCUGGAGCGUUGUAGCGGCCGAGGGCACGUCUGUUAUCGCCACGCCGCGCCCAGGUCUUGCGGGAGGUUCCCCCGCGCGGCGUGUGGUGCGCGGAAGGCCCCAGGCGUCGCGGGCCCCGGGCCGCGGGCUUCGGGCUCCUCGGUGCCUCCUGUGACCUCGGCCCCUGAGGUCGGCUCCCAGGCGCUGGCUGGCGUUGCUCUUGGCCGUGUUCUCCUGUGCAGAGUGCGACUCCCCGGCUUCGCCCUUGGCCUGCGGAGGAGGAGACUCGGCGGCAUGUCGCCCGCGCUGCCAGAGCUGAAGCCUUCCGCAGGUGUGAAGAAAAGCCUGCAGAAUGAGAUUGAAGCCAUUCUGCGGGAGAGGAUCAUGGUGCUGGAUGGAGGGAUGGGGACCAUGAUCCAGCGGCAUAAGCUAAGUGAAGAAGACUUCCGAGGUCACGAAUUUCAAGAUCAUGCCAGGCCCCUAAAAGGCAACAAUGACAUUUUAAGUAUAACUCAACCCAACGUCAUUUACCAGAUCCAUAAGGAUUACUUGCUGGCUGGGGCAGAUAUCAUUGAAACAAACACUUUCAGCAGCACUAGCAUUGCCCAAGCUGACUAUGGCCUUGAACACUUGGCCUACCGGAUGAACAAAUGCUCUGCGGGGGUGGCCAGAAAGGCAGCGGAGGAGGUGUCCCUCCAGACAGGAAUUAAGAGAUUUGUGGCAGGAGCUCUGGGUCCAACUAAUAAAACACUGUCGGUGUCCCCGUCUGUGGAGAGACCAGAUUACAGAAACAUUACAUUUGAUGAGCUCGUUGAAGCAUACAGAGAGCAGGCCAAAGGGCUUCUGGAUGGUGGGGUUGAUGUCUUACUCAUUGAGACUAUUUUUGAUACUGCUAAUGCCAAGGCAGCCUUGUUCGCACUCCAGACACUUUUUGAAGAGGAGUAUCCCCCUCGACCUAUCUUUAUUUCAGGGACAGUUAUUGAUAAAAGUGGGCGAACUCUUUCUGGACAGACGGGAGAAGCAUUUGUCAUCAGCGUGUCUCAUGCAGACCCACUCUGCAUUGGAUUAAACUGUGCUCUGGGUGCAGCUGAAAUGAGACCUUUUAUUGAAACAAUUGGGAAAUGUACAACAGCCUAUGUCCUCUGUUAUCCCAAUGCAGGUCUUCCCAACACGUUUGGUGACUACGACGAAACUCCGGAUAUGAUGGCCACACAACUAAAGGACUUUGCUACGGACGGCUUGGUCAAUAUAGUGGGUGGUUGCUGUGGUACGACCCCAGAUCAUAUCAGGAAGAUUGCUAAAGCUGUGAAGAACUGUAAGCCUAGAGUUCCACCUGCCACUGUUUUUGAAGAGCAUAUGUUACUAUCUGGUCUAGAGCCCUUCAGGAUCGGACCGUACACCAACUUUGUUAACAUUGGAGAGCGCUGUAACGUGGCAGGAUCCAGGAAGUUUGCUAAACUCAUCAUGGCAGGAAACUAUGAAGAAGCACUGACCAUUGCCAAGGUGCAGGUGGAAAUGGGAGCGCAGGUGUUGGAUAUCAACAUGGAUGAUGGCAUGCUGGAUGGUUCGAGCGCCAUGACCAAAUUUUGCAACUUCAUUGCUUCCGAGCCUGACAUCGCCAAGGUGCCCUUGUGCAUUGACUCUUCCAACUUCGCCGUGGUUGAAGCUGGCUUGAAAUGCUGCCAGGGGAAAUGCAUUGUCAACAGCAUCAGCCUGAAGGAGGGAGAGGACGACUUCUUGGCGAAGGCUAGGAAGAUUAAGAAGUUUGGAGCCGCCGUGGUGGUCAUGGCUUUUGACGAAGAAGGGCAGGCGACAGAAACAGACACCAAAAUCAGAGUGUGCAUGCGGGCGUACCAUCUACUCGUGAAAAAACUGGGCUUUAAUCCAAAUGACAUCAUCUUUGACCCUAACAUCCUCACCAUUGGUACUGGGAUGGAAGAGCACAACUUGUAUGCUGUUAAUUUUAUCCAUGCAACAAAAAUCAUUAAAGAAACCCUGCCUGGAGCCCGUGUAAGUGGAGGUCUUUCCAACUUGUCCUUCUCCUUCCGUGGCAUGGAAGCCAUCCGAGAGGCAAUGCAUGGGGUUUUCCUUUACCACGCAAUCAAGUUUGGUAUGGACAUGGGGAUAGUGAAUGCUGGGAGCCUGCCUAUGUAUGACGAUAUCCACAAGGAGCUUCUCCAACUCUGUGAAGACCUCAUCUGGAAUAAAGACCCUGAGGCCACGGAAAAGCUCCUGCGCUACGCUCAGACACAUGGCAAAGGAGGGAAAAAAGUUGUCCAGACUGAUGAGUGGAGGAAUGGCCCCAUCGAAGAACGCCUGGAGUAUGCCCUUGUGAAGGGUAUUGAAAAACAUAUUAUUGAAGACACUGAGGAAGCCAGAUUAAACCAGGAAAAAUAUCCUCGGCCUCUGAAUAUAAUCGAAGGGCCUCUGAUGAACGGCAUGAAAGUUGUUGGUGACCUUUUUGGAGCUGGAAAAAUGUUUCUACCUCAGGUUAUAAAGUCAGCUCGAGUCAUGAAGAAGGCUGUUGGCCACCUUAUUCCCUUCAUGGAAAAAGAAAGAGAAGAAAAUAAAAUGCAUGCUGGCACAGAAGAAGAAGAGGACCCUUAUCAGGGCACCAUCGUGUUGGCUACCGUGAAGGGCGAUGUGCAUGACAUAGGCAAGAACAUAGUCGGCGUGGUCCUUGGCUGCAAUAACUUCAGAGUUAUUGAUUUAGGAGUCAUGACUCCCUGUGACAAGAUCCUGAAAGCUGCUCUUGAUCACAAAGCAGAUAUAAUUGGCCUAUCAGGACUCAUUACUCCUUCCCUGGAUGAAAUGAUUUUUGUUGCCAAGGAAAUGGAGAGAUUGGCUAUAAAGAUUCCACUGUUGAUUGGAGGAGCAACCACAUCAAGAACCCACACGGCAGUUAAAAUAGCUCCAAGAUACAGUGCGCCUGUAAUCCACGUCCUGGACGCGUCCAAGAGCGUAGUGGUGUGCUCUCAACUAUUAGAUGAGAAUCUAAAGGAUGAAUAUUUUGAGGAGAUCAUGGAGGAAUAUGAAGAUAUUAGACAGGACCAUUACGAGUCUCUCAAGGAAAGAAGAUACUUAACCUUAAGUCAAGCUAGAAAAAACGGUUUCCAUAUUGACUGGCUGUCAGAGCCCCCUCCAGUGAAGCCCACGUUUCUUGGGACUCGGGUCUUCGAAGACUAUGACCUGCGGAAGCUGGUGGCCUACAUUGACUGGAAACCCUUCUUUGAUGUCUGGCAGCUCCGGGGCAAGUACCCGAAUCGAAGCUUCCCCAAGAUAUUUAAGGACAAAACUGUAGGCGAAGAGGCCAAAAAAGUCUAUGACGAUGCCCAGAACAUGCUGGAAGUGCUGAUCGAUCAGAAGAAGCUCCGAGCCAGGGGCGUGGUGGGGUUCUGGCCGGCGCAGAGUGUGGAAGACGACAUCCACCUUUAUGCGGAGGACGCCACGCCGCAGGCUGCAGAGCCCAUAGCCACCUUCCACGGGCUAAGGCAGCAGGCCGAGAAGGACUCCGCCAGCACGGACGCGUACCACUGCCUCUCGGACUUCAUCGCUCCACUGCAUUCCGGUGUCCGCGACUACCUGGGCCUGUUUGCCGUCGCCUGCUUCGGCGUGGAGGAGCUGAGCAGGGCCUAUGAGCAGGAGUGUGACGACUACAGCAGCAUCAUGGUCAAGGCUCUGGGAGACCGACUGGCAGAGGCCUUCGCGGAGGAGCUGCAUGAGCGGGUCCGCAGGGAGCUGUGGGCCUACUGCCGCUGUGAGCAGCUGGACGUGGCCGACCUGCGGCGGCUGCGCUACAAGGGCAUCCGGCCGGCCCCCGGCUACCCCAGCCAGCCUGACCACAGCGAGAAGCUCACCAUGUGGAAGCUGGCCGACGUGGAGCGGUGCACGGGCAUUAAGUUAACGGAAUCCCUAGCAAUGGCACCUGCUUCAGCAGUAUCCGGCCUUUACUUCUCUAAUUUGAAGUCCAAAUACUUCUCAGUGGGGAAAAUUUCCAAGGAUCAGAUUGAGGAUUACGCUCUGCGGAAGAACAUGUCUGUGGCUGAGGUUGAGAAAUGGCUGGGACCCAUUUUGGGAUACGACACAGAGUAACUUUUUUUUUUUUUUUUUUUAAUCCUUUUCUCUGCUUGAGGAUCCUCAAGGAAGCAUAGUGUAGAGUGCCUUUAAAAUGAACGGCAGCAGCAGACCAGCCCGGCUGCCCCUGGGCGACAUUCGUUCUGCUUCAGGCUUUGGAAGACCAUUUGGUGGAUGGAACCUCCCUGUGUCCCUUGGAAAGCAAAUGGCUCCUUUCUAGGGGACCUUGAACCAAGAGCAGCACGCACAGCUCUGGGGGUUUUCCUGGUCCCUCUGGAUGGAACAGGCUGGAGAUAGAGGUCUUUUGCAUUUCAAAGCAAGUCAGCUUGUUUUUUUCAUUUUUACUUUGCGUCUAGGAGGCCAGUUGUUAUCUUUUUUUUUUUUCCUUUCUCUUGCUCUCUUAGAAAAAGGCCCGAGACUUAGCUGAAUAGAGAAAUGUAUGGAAAAAAUGUGACCCCUGGCAAAAUCACAACGUGUGCAGUGGGGCAUUUUAAUCUGAAUGGUUGUAAUAGUAGACUGACAGGGAAGAAGGUGUAAGUUUGGUCUCCCUCUGGAAGACCUCAUUUUCAUUUUCUGAAGUCCCGAGUACGUGGGUGCAGAAGCCCCUUUGGCAGAAGGCCCUCUCUCACCGUUGACUGCUCAGAAAUGCUCAGGCUGUUCGCCCUAGUGUGGCCAAACAGAGUGGUGUUCUCGUAGGAUUUCAUGUUCCCUGCCCUGACGGGGUAGAAGGAGGUGGGGCGAGGUGGCUGCUCAGCAUGGUUAGCAUCUUGUGGCUGUUUUCUGAAAUUGAGCAGGCCCUCCACUGAGCUGGGGUGUCCUGUGCGGAGUUGGACGGAUGAGCAGCGUGAUUCCACUCAACCCCCAUUUCUGCACCAACCCAGCUGCGGGUUCCCGCAGUGUAGGAACAGCACAGUGAAGUGUUCUCAGUUGUUUCGGGGGAAACGCCGAAGAACGUGAACUUUGAAGGCAGACCUACCUGGAUUCACAUUUCAUCUUUGCCACUGCCUGUGCGACGCAGGCAAAUUGCCUCCACUCUCCAGCACUGUCUUCUCAUCUGUUAGAGCAGAGACAGCGAUUCCAGUUCCUCUCUCAGGGGCCUGAGGGGCAGGUAGAUGAGGUGAUAUGCAUAGGGCACGUGGCAGGGGCUCUGACUCACGGUGGCUCCUGUGGGACUCAGUGGGUAGCGCCUCCAAGCACAUGGUUAGUCUUCCUGGCAAGGGAAUAGUCUAACAGAGGCAAGACGAUACCAGGGGAUGCGGUUGAUAACGAUUGGUGCCCUUUCCUGGGAUUACACCCCUGUUUACACUGUGACUGGGACAGGGCAGCUGCCUCCGUGUCCUGUGAACCGGUAGUACUCACGUUUGGUGUGACAGCCCUCUCCCUCCGCUCUCGUAGCUAGCCUUGCUUCCCAGAGCAGUUCUAGCAAGUGUAUGUUCAAGUGCAUUGGAGGCAAAGGGAGAACAUCUUAGGAGAAGGAGAAGCCUCUGCAUCUGCCUUGUGUCCACGUGGACUUAGCGUGUAAUGGGCCUUCAGCCGUCACUGGCCCUUGAAGUGAACACAGCUGUGUGCUUCUGUGGGUACCGUUAGUUUGUGCCUGACUGAGAACGGGACUCAGCUUCCCGAACAGGACUCAGUUGGAAGACUUACCUUCUGGUCCAUAACAGGUGUGUUAUUCUUGGUACCUUCCUCCGUGAGAAAGAGUGAUCUCCUCCGAAUAUUGGAACGUAUUUUGUCGGAAGUAGAGUUGCUUAGAGUCUCCUGAUGGCACUGAGUAUUUACCAUCUCUUCCCUCAGCUGAUGAUGUGACAGAAUGGCUUCCUCGAAUGUAUCAUUCCUCUGAUCCCAUGAGGGAUGCCUUUUUUUUUUUUCUCCAAAGACAAAAGCAGUUCGUGCAAGUUUGAGCGCCUGCAUAUUCAUGAAAGAAUGUAAAAUGCAAAUUGAAAACCCCUCCCCUGUACGUGUCACACCCUAGGAAGGCAGGUAGGUGGCUGUGCUGAAUGCAGGGUCCCUUCUGUGUCGGAGCCUGUCCACGCAGAACCUCUUCUGGUCAUCACUGUCGAUGGCUGUCCCGUGAACCCACUUGCUGUCACCAUUUUCACCAAAGAUGCCACAUUAUUUUUUCCUCUAAAGAGGUGCUUGUUCGGGAUCUUCCUCUCUCUGCUGUUUGCUGUGCUGUCCGCACUGAGGAGCCUGGUUUGUGGGAUGGUGGGGAGAUUGGGUGUAGGACAACCCAUUUCUCUUUGGAGAUGUUCUCCUCUGUCCUCCCUGCACUCGCAGCCAAACUCACAUAGAGAACAGUCCACCUUCUUUUUGUUUCUUUUUGGCACACCCUCAACUGAUACUGAGUAUCUGCUGCUCCCUCUUUCUCUCCUUUUGCAUUUCAGAUUAAGUCAGCUUGCUUUUUUCAUUUUUACUUUGCGUCUAAGAGGCCACUUGUGUGAACCCACACUGGGUGAACCCAGUGAAGUUGGGUUUCUACCUGCCUCUUCUGGCAUCAGUGACCCCUCAGAGGUUAGACCCAUUGGCCUUCCCAGUGAUUGUCAUCUGUUUGGGCUUGGACAAUACUGACCCACUUUUUCAAAACUCACCUUUCCCUACUUUCCCCGUGGCAUCACUCUCUGGUUAUCCUUCUGUGUUUUGGUAAUUUCUCAGCCAUUUUCAUACUUUUUUUCUUCCUCUGCCCAUUUAAAUCCUGGUGUGCUCAAGGGCCUGUCAUUGGUAACCUCCUUAGCACGUGUAGUUUCACCGGGCGAUCUCACGGAGUCAGUAUUCCCAUCUGAGCUCCGUCCUGAAGAGCACAGCAUAUAUCCAACAGCCCCGGACAGAUGGACAUCUCAGACCCCAUGUGUCUCGUCUCAUUCCUCUGCAAUUAUAAAAUUCAAUCGUGAAGAAUGGUGCCACCACUCCAGGACCAAAGCUCACAGCCUGUAUCACCUUUGGCUUGGACUGUUAAUAGGGAUCUGGAGAGUGAGCAUGGGAAACACACACUUAGCCUACUUUAGUCAGGACAACAGUUGAGACACUUUGGGAAGGCAAUGCUUAGAUGAAGGCCUGACUUGGGACUUGAAUAAUAAAGAUAAAGCAAGGUAGGAACAAAAGAAGAGCUGUGUUCACGAACAGGGAUAUGAAGGGUUGUAAAGGUAUCCGGUCUCCCCAAAUUGAUCUGUAGGUUCAGUGCCAUUUCCAACAGAAAUUAUAGUAGAGUCUGUGUUCAGGGUGACAAGCAGAUACUUAAAUUUAUAUGGAAAAGGAAAGGAUUAAAAUAGCUGAGUGCUUCCAAAUAUGAAGACAAGGUUACGAGUCAGUAGUUUUGUUGUGUGUGGUGCCGAGGUGGGCAUUCCGAGCAGGGCUGUGAAAUGGGGAGCCGCAGGAUAACCCAUGUGCCUUUAUGACAUGGUGGAGGUGGCUUGGCACAUCUGGGAGGACAGGCAGGGUGACCACACAGGGGGCUGUGACGAUGCUUAUCUGAAGGAAAAAGAGGAGAUCUGGUUUCUGCUGCACAAGUUAUCCAGCCAUCAAUUCCAAAUAUAUUAAGGUCUUAAAUAAAAAAAUAUAUAUAUGUUUCAUUGUUUGCAUAGACAAGCCUUAGGGCAGGAAAGAAUCCCUCGAGACAUAAAGCACUAACCACAAAAAGAAAAGAUGGUUACAUCAACCGUUUUUGUUUUUUUUUUUUUAAAGACUGAUGCUAAGCUAAUAAACGAUUGAAAGGAGCGAAAAGACAAGCCAUGACUUGAGAUGUUUGUAUUACACUUAAACUGACAAAGGGUUAGUAAGCAGAACAGAUAGAGGGUUCCUAUUUAAGAAAAAAAGAAACUGGGCAGAAUUAGACCAGAAAAGGCAUUUCCCAGAAGAGGAAAUACACAUGGCUUACAAAAACAUUGCACAGCACCGGAGAUCAGAAAGACGGAUGAAGACAACAACGAGAUCUCAUUUUACACCCAUGAGGUUUGAGGAAGUUCAGGAGCCUGGCGAUACGGGAUGCCGAAACAGCUACGGCCAGUGACCAGGCACCUGUGCUUCAGAAAACCGCUCCCCCGCCAGAGUGGAACUCCUGCGGUGCCUUAGGAUCUGGCUUCCAACUCAGACUCCCUCUUGGGGAUCUAACAGAUUUGCACACCUGCACCUGGAGGUGUGGGUGAGAACGUUCACGGUAACAUCUUCAUAAGAGUCAAGAACCGAAAAACCCAAAAUGUCCAUCUGUCUCUAGGGACAUGGAUACAUGAGUGAGGUAUAGUCGCGCUGAGGGGUAUUAUUCAGCGGUGGCAAUGAAUGAAGCGCAGCUGGACGGGGCAGUAAGAGCGAAUCUCAGGAGAUAAGCAACCAAAACAGAUUCCAGAAGACCGCAUGCUAUGAUGCUAUUUUUAUGGAGCCCCUAAACAAGCAAAGCCAAAGAACAUACUGUCCAACCAUAUGUACACAGUAAAACUGUGUUGUGUU